AUGCCCUUUGGAAUCGACCACCUCUUUGUAUUCACGGUGAAUCUUCCGACCUUGACGGUGAAUACAAAGGGGUGGUCGAUUCCAAAGGGCAUUGAACUGGCCGAUCCUGCAUUCUUCCAAUCCAAGGGUGUGGAUAUCGUUUUGGGUAUAGAAGCUUUCUUCGAAUUUUUUGGAACUGGUGGAAAGAUUUCGUUGGGUGAGAGACUGCCCGCAUUGAAUGAGUCAGUCUUCGGCUGGGUAGUAUGUGGAGGCUUGUCGGUACCAAGUCAAUCCAUUCAGGUCAACUGCAACAUAUCCGCUUCGGGAAGUUUGGAGUCCUUGAUUGCUAGAUUUUGGGAAUGUGAAGAGAUUGGAUCAACAAAUCAUUAUUCACCGGAGGAAGUUCAAUGUGAGGAACAUUUUAAGCGAACGGUAAAGCGUGAAAUGGACGGUCGAUAUACAGUGGCUUUGCCCAAGGACGAUGGCGUUCUGAGCAGACUAGGGAAAUCCGAGGAAAUCGCACUACGUCGACUUCAGGGAACGGAAAGAAGAUUAUCACGCGAUUCCAACUUACGGGAUCAGUAUUUGGCUUUCAUGCAGGCAUAUCUUCGACUCGGUCAUAUGCGUAAGGUUGAAAAAGUUUCUGGUGAGGUUCAACGGUGUUAUUUGCCUCAUCACCCGGUAGUCAAGGAAGCCAGUACUACCACAAAACUACGGGUGGUCUUCGAUGCUUCGUGUAAAACCUCAACAGGAGUAUCGUUGAAUGAUGGAUUGCUGGUGGGGCCAGUGAUCCAAGAAGACCUACGAUCGAUCAUCAUUCGGUGCCGCACGAAACAGAUCAUGCUCGUUGCCGAUGUGGAAAAGAUGUUCCGGCAAAUCAACGUCUGUCCAAAGGAUAAAUCCCUGCAAUCUAUUUUGUGGCGUUUUUCUCCCGACGAUGCGCCGGAGAACGAGUUGGGCACAGUAACGUACGGUACUAAGCCAGCACCAUUUCUCGCUACUGGUACUCUCAAGCAGUUAGCCAUGGAUGAAGGCAGUCGUUUUCCAUUAGCAGCAAGGGCGGUGUGCGAGGAUGUAUACAUGGACGACAUCAUCACCGGUACAGAUGAAGUAAUGUCAGCAAUCGAGCUGAGGAUUCAACUCGACAAUAUGAUGAAUUCCGGUGGCUUUCACCUCCGGAAGUGGGCGUCAAAUCAUCCGAUGGUUUUGGAGGGAAUCGCAGAAGAUUCCUUAGCGAUUCGAGACGUGGAGGGUAUCAACUUGGACCCCGAUCCGUCAGUGAAGACACUUGGCCUAACAUGGAUGACGAACACCGACACUUUCAGGUUCCAGUUCAACAUUCCGAUACUUGACACCAGCACAGGACUUUCCAAGCGAAAAAUUCUAUCAGUCAUUGCCACGCUUUUCGACCCUCUUGGUCUCUUGGGUGCUGUCAUAACCAGAGCCAAGACUAUAAUGCAAUUAUUGUGGAUGUUAAAGGAUGAGACCGACGAAAAUUUGAACUGGGAUCACCCAGUCCCUUCGACGGUGGGUGAGACCUGGCGAUGUUAUCACCGACAACUACCGCUAUUGAACGAAAUACGCAUUGAACGCUGCGUGAUCAUACCCGAUGCGAUCUUCGUCGAGAUACAUUGUUUCUCAGAUGCGUCCGAGAAGGCAUAUGGGGCAUGUGUCUACAUAAAGAGCAUGGAUUCGAGUGGAACUAUUAGGGUCAGAUUACUGUCGUCCAAAUCAAGGAUAGCUCCGAUGAAAACCCAAUCCAUCCCGAGAUUAGAGCUUUGUGGGGCACUUCUUGCGGUUUUACUGUACGAGAAGAUUCGUGAUUCGACGAGAAUAGCAGCGCAAAAGUUUUUCUGGACGGAUUCAACGUGUGUCCUUCAUUGGAUAGCAGCUUCCCCAUCCACUUGGAAUGUUUUUGUCGCUAACAGGGUUUCGAAAAUCCAAACGAUAUCCGUUGGCUGUCAGUGGAGACACGUGUCAGGAGCUGAGAAUCCUGCGGACCUCAUUUCCAGGGGUAUAUCUCCUGAGGACAUCGUUGAGAACAAGGUUUGGUGGCAUGGACCAGUUUGGUUGGAGAAGGGUCCCGAUUAUUGGCCAACAUUUCCAGAGAAUUCUACGGUUGAAGAAGGUGAGGAAGAGAAGCGUCGUACAGUAGUAACCAACAUUGCUUCUGGAAUGGUGGAAUUCAACGAUUGGUAUUUUGGGAAGUUUGGAUCGUUCAUUGCAUUAAUCCGGUGUACAGCUUAUUGGCUGAGGUUGAUGAAACUGCUUCGUGAACCAAGAAAUACUCGUAAGGACACGAGAUUUCUUUCCGCAAUCGAGUUGAAAGAGGCAGAAAGGCUGCUAAUUUCAAGGGUGCAACAGGAAUGUUUUCAUCUAGAAUGGAUUUCAUUGUCUAAAGGGGAAAUGGUUCCCCGAAAAUCUCCGCUUCGAUGGUACAACCCAUAUAUAUCCGAGGACGGGUUGAUAAGAGUUGGAGGACGACUGAAGCAUUCAGCGGAAUCCGAAGAAACGAAGCACCCAGUUGUUUUGCCAGCUAGGCAUCAUUUUACGCGAAUCAUUAUAAGGUACUACCACGAGAAGCUGCUUCAUGCAGGACCGCAACUACUAUUAGGAGCUAUAAGACUCCGCUAUUGGCCAUUGGGCGGAAGGAAUCUCGCUCGCUACAUUGUGCAUCACUGCCAGAGGUGUUUCCGAGCAAAGCCGUCUGCAAUACAACAAUUUAUGGGAGAGCUGCCAUCAGCACGGGUCACCGUAUCUCGUCCGUUCUCACGAACGGGCGUUGAUUACUUUGGACCACUUUACCUAAGGGUAGCCCCACGACGACCAGCAGUGAAGGCCUAUGUAGCAAUCUUCGUUUGCAUGUGUACGAAGGCGGUACACUUAGAGCUUGUAAGUGACCUAUCUACCGACCGAUUUCUACAGGCAUUACGGAGAUUCAUUUCAAGAAGAGGAAUAUGCACGGAUAUUUAUUCCGACAAUGGCACUAAUUUCGUCGGAGCUCGAAAUAAACUACGAGAAUUCCUGAUUUUAUUGAAAAAUAGUAGUCACCAUAGUCGAGUUUCGAAGGAAUGUGCCAAUCAAGGGAUUCGAUGGCAUUUUAAUCCCCCCAGUGCACCCCACUUCGGAGGUUUGUGGGAAGCCGCCGUACGAUCUGCUAAAAUCCACCUGCUUAAGGUUCUAGGCGAAAGUGUUGCGACUCCCGAGGAUAUGAGCACUCUACUCGUCCAAAUAGAGGGGUGUCUCAAUUCAAGGCCAUUGACACAGAUGUCUGAGGAUCCAAACGACUUAGAGCCAUUGACGCCUGCCCACUUCUUGAUCGGAACUUCUCUGCAGGCGAUCCCGGAAGAAAAUAUAGAAGCAGUUCCCAGUAAUCGUUUGAACAAAUGGCAGUUGAUUCAAAAACGUCUACAGGAUUUCUGGAAGAGAUGA